AACGAGGUGAGGUGAAAUGGGGUUUAACGUCGCGUCCAAGAUUGCACUUAUAUAGCGACGUGCAUGCACGUGUGUGUGGCUGCUUGUACUAAUCCGCACUGACGCCGAUUUAAAGGCACACUGAGAUACCAUGCCGCAGUUUAACACGAAUACCCCACUCAGACACAGUAUACUGACUCAGAGCCGACCAAUCCUUGUUAAGCCCCUUAAUGCCGAGCUCCAGAUAGGUAAAUCGAUAUUACAUUAACAUAGUAAUGACAGUAAUUUUUGACACAUUCGCGUGGUUUUCGGAUUUAUAUAAAUAUUUGGUGCGUUGCCAGGAAGUCGUGUGUUCACUAUAAUAGAUUUACAUUGUGUAUGAUGUAAAACAUCAACGUUUGUACGACAAUAUUCUGACACGUUUAUGAAUUAUAUGUUGUAAUUGCAACAAUAUUAUUUGUAGUUUGUAAAAACCGAUUGGAGCCAAGGCGAAAAUGGAGCCAAAGAAGCGAGCAGCGAUUAUUGGAGCCGGGAUCUCGGGUUUAGCGGCCAUCAAGUCCUGUUUAGAAGAAGGUCUGGAGCCGGAGUGUCUGGAACAGUUCGAUGAUAUCGGUGGGUUUUGGUCACACUCUGGAACCUUCCAAGAUGGACAGGGAGCUAUGGCUUUCGACAACUUAACAGCCAACACACCUAAAGACAUGUUCUGCUACAGCGACUUCCCGUACGAGGAUGAUGUCCCGCCCUACCCGACACGCGCCUAUGUGCAUGAGUACCUCAACAGUUUCUGCGACAAAUUUGACCUCCGGAAGUACAUCCAUUUUAAAACUGUAACCCGGAACAUCCGGGAGUCUGAAGACUAUGACGUCACGGGGAAAUGGGAAGUUGAGACAACAGAUGGUUCCGAGGCCGUUCACAGCCACGUCUAUGAUUUUGUUUUUGUUUGUUCAGGGUAUUGUUCAGAUGCAAAGUUUCCCCUCAUCAAUGGACUUGAAACCUUUAGGGGAUCAACUGAACACUCGAAGACCUUUAAGGAUGGAUCGAAGUAUGCUGACAAACGGGUUCUUGUAAUUGGUACUGGUAAUUCAGCCGGAGAUCUGGCAGUGACGGUAUCUCACGUAGCAAAACAGGUUUAUAUGACUGUGGGGAGAGGAUCCUUCAUUGUGCCCCGGUUGGUGGAAGGAGGCAUCCCAUGGAGUUAUGCGACACAACGGAGAGCAUUGUUAAAAAAUAAAAAUAAUUUUGCCAACAUUGUUCGCGCCACAGCUAAUUCCCGAUUGAAUCACGUCGCAACAGGAAUCAACCUCACUAAUUCUCUUAAGUCCUCUGCGUUGAUAAUUAACGAUUUCUUACACAUUCAAAUUGUCUGUGGUCGCGUGAAGAUCGUUGGCAAUUUGAUCCGUGUUGGUGAUCAUGAAGCGGAGUUUAAGGACGGCACAGUUCUGAGGGAUCUUGACGCCAUCUUGUUUGCAACAGGAUAUUUGCCUGGGUUGACGUUUCUGUCAGACAAAGCAAAGGGAGGGACAGACAAGCAGUACCGGUACAAGAUGACCUUCCCCCUGACCUUGACGCAUAACACCCUGGCCCUGAUCGGGUGUUUUGAGUCCGGGUCCACAGUUAUCGCGGUGACGGAGAUGCAGGCGAGAUGGGCGGCCAGGGUCUUUUCCGGAAGGUGUCAACUUCCGGCACGAGAAACAAUGAUGGCGGACGUGGACAAGUGGAACAAGUUCGUCGUCAGGAAGUUUGGACGCUACAAAUACAAGGUCCCGAAUCUCGUCAUCCGAGACGAGAUGGCAGCGGAACUGGGUGUGGCCCCCUCCUGGUGGGACCUGGUCAAGGCCGGACCCCGACUCGCCUACCAGUACUACUAUGGGCCUGCCUUCCCCUAUUACUACCGUCUGUGGGGGCCUCAUUCGUGGUGUGGAGCUGAGAAGGCCAUCUACAAUGCACUGGAACAUGGCUACAUUCCCAAACCUGUCAUGACAUUGAAGCCAGCCGUUUCUCAGAAGUCCAGUUCGGUUAAUUUAGCGUUGACUGGUGCUGCAGUGGCGGGUGCUGUGAUGUUGGGAUCCUACCAGUGGAAACUUCUACAAUGAAAGUCAAGCUGUGAAAUGCAGGUUCAGAUCUGUAUGCUCAAAACUGUGUCUAUAAAUUCCUUGUUAUCCACAUUCAAGAAGGAACUGUUCGAAAGAUGUUAAUUGUACUGGCGUUGAUCUAUGUACAAGCUGUGGGAAAUAUUUUGUGAAUAUUUGUCCCUUUUUCUUGUGACAUAUAUCUUGCAUAUUUCCCGAUGGAUAUUUUUCUAUGCUAAUCCUGAUGGAUAUGUUUCAUGCUAAUCCUGAUGGAUAUGUUUCAUGCUAAUGCUGAUGGAUAUGUUUCUAUGACAAUCCUGAUGGAUAUGUUUCCUUGCUAAUCCUGAUGGAUAUGUUUCCAUGACGAUCCUGAUGGAUAUGUUUCUAUGCUAAUCCUGAUGGAUAUGUUUCAUGAUAAUCCUUUUGGAGUUGCUUGUAUGAUUAUCCUUGCGGAUAUGCUUCUGUGAGAAUCCUGAUUGAUGUGAUCCUACGAUAAUCCUUAUGGAUUUGUUUCUGUGACCAUCUUGAUGGAUGUGUUUCUAAGCUAUUCCUUAUGGAUUUGUUUCUGUGACCAUCUUGAUGGAUGUGUUUCUAGGGCUAAUCCUGAUGGAUAUGUUUCCAUGACGAUCCUGAUGGAUGAGUUUCUAUGAUAACCCUUGUGACAACAUGUAUCUGGUGGUCAUGUUUCACUGCAAAUAUGGAAAGUGAAACUUGGCAAUAUAAAAUAAACGAACGUUCCGGGCCAUAAAACAACCAGUCGUCAAUAUCUCCAGGGUUUGAAUUAACUAUGUUUCUCCUUCACCCGAUACUGAGGUGUAAUACUGACACGUUUAAUUUUUUAAGUAGUUGAAUGAAAUGAUACCGUAAAAAACACACGGAGCCCAACUCCGUGCAUGGAUUUGUGAGAACCCUGUCGUUGUCUGAUGUUGUUUGUUUGUUUGUUUGUUUGUUUGUUUGUUGUUUAACAUCCAGUGAAUGUUAUCAUGAGCAUCGGUCCACCCAGUACGGAUACGAUGAAAUGAAUCAAAGUCAGCGAGCCAGAAUCCGUAAAUCCCUUUAGAGCCUCAUAGCCGCCUCUUACGACCAGCAUAGCCGCCCCUUACGACCAUCAUAGCCGCCCCUUACAACCAGCAUAGCCGCCCCUUACGACCAGCAUAGCCGCCCCUUACAACCAGCAUAGCCGCCCCUUACAACCAGCAUAGCCGCCCCUUACAACCAGCAUAGCCGCCCCUAACGACCAGCAUAGCCGCCUCUAACGACCAGCAUAGCCGCCCCUUACGACCAGCAUAGCCGCCCCUUACAACCAGCAUAGCCGCCCCUUACAACCAGCACAGCCGCCCCUUACGACCAGCAUAGCCGCCCCUUACGACCAGCAUAGCCGCCCCUUACGACCAGC